ACCCACACAAACAUCUCUCUCUCUCUCUCAGAUAUCGUAAACACUCGCACUAAAAAAUAACAUUUGUUUCCCGUUGUGAAUUGAUGCAGCAGAGAGGCCGAUCCGUAAACCGUAGAUCAAGAAGCUUCUCUAGAUCCAGACUCGCCGUCGAAGGCCACUGAAAAUCACCAUCUCUCUCUCGCAAACACAUCUUUUUUCUUUUUUUUUUUUUUAAUUUCCGACGAAACACCUUUUCCCCCACAAUGGCAGCAGCAUCGUACGAGGCAGAGCGUGAUGUCCAGAAGAAUUACUGGAUUGAGCAUUCCGCUGAUCUCACUGUUGAAGCCAUGAUGCUCGACUCUCGAGCCUCUGAUCUCGACAAGGAAGAACGCCCCGAGGUGCUCUCUUUGCUCCCGCCAUAUGAAGGCAAAUCGGUGCUGGAACUUGGAGCUGGUAUUGGUCGGUUCACUGGUGAAUUGGCUCAGAAGGCUGGUCAACUCAUCGCUCUUGACUUCAUUGAUAGCGUCAUCAAGAAGAAUGAGAGUGUCAACGGGCACUACAAGAAUGUGAAGUUUAUGUGUGCUGAUGUCACAUCCCCUGACCUCAACAUCACUGAUGGAUCCAUUGAUUUGAUUUUCUCCAACUGGCUUCUCAUGUAUCUCUCUGACAAAGAGGUGGAGCUUUUGGCUGAAAGGAUGGUUGGUUGGAUCAAAGUUGGAGGAUACAUUUUCUUCAGAGAAUCUUGCUUCCACCAAUCUGGUGACAGCAAGCGCAAAUCCAACCCCACUCACUACCGUGAACCCCGUUUCUAUACCAAGGUGUUUCAAGAAUGUGUGACUCGAGAUGCUGCUGGGAACUCUUUUGAGCUCUCUAUGAUCGGGCAAAAGUGCAUUGGAGCUUAUGUGAAGAACAAGAAGAAUCAGAACCAGAUUUGUUGGGUUUGGCAGAAAGUCAGCUCACAAAACGACAGAGGCUUCCAACGUUUCUUGGACAAUGUUCAGUACAAAUCCAGUGGGAUCCUACGCUAUGAGCGUGUCUUUGGACAUGGCUAUGUGAGCACUGGUGGAAUCGAGACAACCAAAGAGUUUGUGGAGAAAAUGGAUCUGAAACCAGGACAGAAAGUGUUAGAUGUUGGUUGUGGCAUUGGUGGAGGCGACUUCUACAUGGCUGAGAACUUCGAUGUUCAUGUCGUUGGUAUCGAUCUCUCAGUCAACAUGAUUUCCUUCGCACUGGAACGUGCUAUUGGACUCAACUGCUCGGUUGAGUUUGAGGUCGCGGAUUGCACCACAAAACAUUACCCGGAGAAUUCGUUCGAUGUCAUUUACAGCCGUGACACUAUUCUGCACAUCCAAGACAAACCAGCUUUGUUCAGGACUUUCUUCAAGUGGCUUAAACCGGGAGGCAAAGUGCUCAUCAGCGACUACUGUAAGAGCCCGGAAACUCCAUCUCCUGAGUUUUCUGAGUACAUUAAACAGAGAGGAUAUGAUCUCCAUGAUGUUCAAGCUUAUGGGCAGAUGCUAAAAGACGCAGGCUCUAACGAUGUGAUCGCAGAAGACCGUACUGAUCAGUUUAUGAAAGUCCUGAGACGUGAACUAGAGAGGGUGGAGAAAGAAAAAGAAGAGUUCAUCUCCGACUUCUCCAAAGAGGACUACGAGGACAUAGUUGGAGGAUGGAAGGCAAAGCUGGAGAGAACUGCUUCGGGUGAGCAGAAGUGGGGACUUUUCAUCGCCAACAAGAACUAAUAAUAACCUCUUUUACUUUUUAAAUGCGUGUUUUGCUUCUUCAAUAAUAAAAAACAUCAUUUCCGUUUGGCAAUGAUGUUAUGUGGACUUUGUGUGUUGUUUGUUUCUGUUUUCGGUUAGAUACAUAAACCGAAUUUCGUUUGGUUCAAUCUUUGUUUCCUAUCACAAUUUGUUUUAAGAAUAACUAUAAUUAUAAUAUUUGGAUUUUCAAUUUA